AUGAUGGUGCCACUUACUGUGGAUGACGGUGCUCAUUCUUUCACCCAUAUUUUAUUAGCCUGUUUUUUCUUCAUUUCUUUUACUCUCUCACGAAGAAAGCAAACAAGCGCUAAUCGCUACUGUGAAAUUCGAAGGCACCAAAAGGACCAACAGCACACACACCGCCCACACACACAUAUUUGUAUGCUCUCACGUGUUGCUGCAGUGAAGGCACCCCGCACACACAACCGUCGCGGCGUGACCGGAUCCAGCGGAAGGAGGAGGGAAGGAAGAGAGAGUGAGCCGCAGAGGCCCAAAAUGUCCCGGCGUGUGUUUACUUCCGCGGUACUGCUCCUCCUCGUCGUGACGAUGUGCUGCGGCAGAGGCGCUGCGAUUGCUAAAGUGGCGACUUCAUCUCUGAAAUCUUCACCGGAGAAACAUUUUGAUUGGAGGGAUGUGAAAACAGAAGGAGAAGUGGGUGCGCUCUAUGCUCCCAGUCUUGUUGAGAUGAAUGGUGAUGUGUUUGCCGUUGCCGAGGCGCAGUGCAAGAGGGGUGAAAACAGAUUUACUGGGAUUGCCUCGAAGCUCCUGACGUUGACCGACGAAGCAUCAAAAGAGGAGUUUGAUGCAACUCAAGUGAAGACACAAGUACUGGAGGAAUGCUCUUCCGAAGAUGUGAAAGCCGGCUGCCGUGUGGCGGUUCAGGAAGGUGGUUCUCCAAAAGAGAAGAGAGUAGAUGUUAGCCGGCCGACAACAGUUGUGAAUGAAAGUGAUAUUUACAUGCUUGUUGGAAAAUACUGCCGUGAAGACGCUGCUACCUGUAAGGCCACGACCGACACGAUCAAAUCGGGAGUAUUGCUGGUGAAAGGGACAAUCAGUGAAAGCGGUAACAACAAAAAAAUCCAUUGGAAGGAAACUGACGGUGUACCGUGCACUCUAGGCGACCAACAGAAAACUUUGUCAGGGCUGAUUGGCGGCGGUGGAUCGGGUGUUAAGAUGAAGGACGGUACGUUUGUGUUCCCAGUGGAAGGCAAGAAGAAGAAUAUUGACGCAGAAGAGGAUGGAAAGGCCGUUUCACUGAUCAUAUACUCCUCGGAUACUCCGAGCUGUACACUGUCGAAGGGGAUUUCUGAUGGUGGCUGCGGUGAUCCCUCCGUCGUGGAGUGGGAGAAGGACAAAAAACUCAUGAUGAUGACUGCGUGUGAUGAUGGCCGCCGCAGGGUGUACGAGUCCGGUGACAAGGGGGAGUCGUGGACGGAGGCACUCGGGACACUCUCGCGCGUGUGGGGCAACAAACAAAAGGGUGGAAAUGAGAAGGGCGUUGGAAGCGGUUUCAGCACAGCGACGAUUGAGAACAGGGACGUGAUGCUCGUUACUCUGCCGGUGUAUUCAAAGAAGGAUGAUACCGAAGUCAACGAAAAGGGCGUACUCCAUCUUUGGCUGACGGACAAUACGCACAUUGUUGAUAUUGGGCCGGUAUCCGGUGAUGAUGACGCUGCCGCCAGCGCCCUGCUGUACAAAAGUGCCGGAAGUGGACAUAAUAAUAAUGAGAGGUUGAUUGCACUGUACGAGAAGAAGAAGGGCGAUGGGGAGUCAUCACUCGGCAUGGUCUCUGUGCGUCUGACUGCGCAGCUGAAGCGGGUGAAGGAGGUGCUGACGACCUGGAAGGAAGUGGACGGACGUGUCUCCAAGCUGUGCCCUUUUUCAAGUGCUACUGUGAGUAAAUCAACUGACACUGCCUGCACUACUGAUAAGAUCACGGAUGGGUUGGUUGGCUUUUUGUCCGGCAACUUCUCUGAUGGCACAUGGAAGGACGAGUACCUCGGGGUGAACGCCACAGUAAAUAAAAAAGAAGUGACUAGCACGGAGAAUGGCGUGAGGUUCACAGGGCGUGGUUCGUGGGCGGAGUGGCCUGUUGGCAGGCAGGGGGAUAAUCAGCUGUACCACUUUGCGAACUACAACUUCACUCUUGUGGCGACGGUGUCCAUCGACGGUGUGCCGAAGGAGGGAGAUACCCCCAUUCCAUUGAUUGGUGCGAAGCUGAAUGACAACAAGAAUACAGUACUCUUGGGACUGUCGUACAACAGCGGAAAGAAGCGGGCAGUGCUGUGCGGUGGCCAAACGACCACGGAACACAGCAGUAAUUGGGAGCCAGGGACAACACACCAAGUGGCCAUUGUGCUGCAGAACGAAAAACAGGGCUCCGCGUACGUCGAUGGUCAACGUGUGGGGACUGAAGAAUGUGCAUUGGGAGAAGCAGAAUCGAAAGAGAUCUCACACUUCUACAUUGAAGGCAGCGCAGAGGGCCAAGAAGGUCAAGAAGGCGUGUCUGUGACCGUGACGAACGUCCUGCUGUACAACCGCCCGUUGACUUCCGAAGAGAUUGACGCCCUCAACCCGAAUAAAGCCCCCAUUACACCUCCUGAAGAUCUUACCGCAGCGGUGGUGGUGGAUACUCCUUCGACAGCGGUGGGCGGACCAGUUGCACAGAAAACCGUGUCCGUGUCCACUCCUGGCGGAUCCACGGUGAAUCAUGAGUCAAGCGCAAGCUCUGCUGUGAAUGCGGGGACGGUGGGAGGAGCGGAUGUGCAGGGAGAGGAGGGAAUCCAUUCACAGGACGGGGAAGUAAAUGCUACGGCACUCAACAGCAGCCUCGGAAAUUUGUCGCAGGGGAAUAACAGCGAUGGCGGCACCAUGCGUGGGAGCGGACCACUGCCGCUGCUACUUCUGUUGGGACUGUGGUGGUUUGCGGCUCUGUGA